AUGGUCUUGAAAUUGGAUAUGAUGAAGGCUUAUGAUAGGGUUGGAUGGAUAUUUUUGACAAAGUUUCUGAGGAAAAUGGGUUUUUCUGAAAUAUUAAUUGAUAUGGUGUUUAGGUUACUGGAAAAUAAUUGGUACUCCAUAUUAUUAAAUGGGAAACCUAAGGGGUUUUUCAAGUCUUCAAGAGGAUUAAAGCAAGGUGACCCUUUAUCACCUACUUUGUUUAUCAUAGCUGCUGAAGUUCUAUCAAUCAACUUGAAAAAACUUAUGCUAACUAAGGAAUUCAGGUUGUUUGGGAUGCCAAGGGGAAGUCCAAAGCUGAAUCACUUAGCUUUUGCUGAUGAUAUGAUCAUCUUAUGCAAAGCUGAAAUGAGAACAUUACAGAUGGUAUCCUCAACAUUGGAAGGAUAUGAAGUUGUAUCAGGCCAGAAAAUCAACAAAGGGAAGAGUGCAUUAUACAUCCAUUAA